UUCUCUUUACACGAUAUGGUUCUGGAGCCAAACCUCUCAUUUCAGUCUGCCCCAGUGCCAACACAAUGCACAAGGUUUAAUUUCCGAACAUUUCGUUGGAUGCAGACAAUGAUUUUUGCCAUUGAGGAGAUUAACCGACAUGGAACCCUCCUCCCAAACAUUACAUUGGGAUACAAGAUUUAUGAUUCGUGCAGCACCCCUCACCAAGCACUGAAAGCUGCCCUGGAGCUAAUGGGCAGUAAAGAAGAGGCCCAUGGUUCAGCGGAGGUCAAAGGUUGUCAGGGGACUGUGCCUGUGGUGAUUGGAGAUGGAGGAUCCACCCAGUCUCUGGUCGUGGCCCGCUUCCUGGGUGUUUUCUCUGUGCCACAGGUGAGCUAUUUUUCAAGCUGUGCCUGCCUCAGUGACAAAAAGGAAUUUCCGGGUUUUUUGAGAACAAUGCCCAGUGAUUUUUUCCAGGUCGAUGCAUUGGCACAGUUGGUGAAGUAUUUUGGCUGGACCUGGGUGGGUCUUAUAGCGGGUGAUGACGCCUAUGGUCGUGGUGGGGCUAACAUUUUUGCCGAAGAGGUUCAUAAGUUAGGAGCAUGUAUUGCCCUACAUGAGAUCAUUCCUAAAAUCCACACAGAUGAGAAAAUUUCUGAUAUAAUUUCGAAUAUUCGCUCAUCAAGGGCCAAAGUAAUUCUGGUAUUUGCUGUUGAACAAGAUGCAGCAGCUUUAUUUGAUGGCGCACUCAGGGAAGGCCUUACUGGAAUACAAUGGCUGGCUAGUGAAGCAUGGAGCACAGCCGCUGUCUUGUCCACUCCUAAAAAAUAUCACCAAAUCCUUCAAGGUUCAAUGGGAUUUGCGAUAAGAAGAGCAGAGAUACCAGAACUGCAAAACUUUCUACUUCAGCUCGACCCAUCCAAAUCUGACUCCAGCACAAAUCCAUUUCUUAAUCCAUUUUGGGAAGAGGUAUUUCAGUGUCAUUUUGGAGAUAAAGGCCAAGAAAAUAUAACAGAAAGAAAACCUCCUUGUACUGGAACCGAGGAUUUAAAAAGUGUUAAAAAUAUUUACUCAGAUGUGUCGCAAUUGAGAAUUUCUUACAAUGUUUACAAAGCUGUCUAUGCAAUUGCUAAUGCACUAAAGGCUUUGCGAGACUGUGAGAAGGGUAAUGGACCAUUUGAUCAAAACACAUGUCCAGAUAUUAACAAGAUUGAAAAAUGGCAGCUUCUUCAUUACUUAAAACAAACAAACUACAUUACAAGAUUUGGAGAUGAAAUCAAGUUUGAUGAAAAUGGGGACCCUGCAGCAAUGUACGACUUGGUGAACUGGCAGCUCAAUUCCGAUGAAGAAAUGGAUUAUGUCACUAUAGGAAAGUUUGAUGAGACCACAAUCACUGGACAACUUCAGAUUAAGCAUGGCAGUAUUGUUUGGAAUGGAAACCAAACCCAUGUGCCCUUGUCAGUAUGCAGCAGCAUUUGUCCUCCCGGCACCCGCAAGGCAAUCAAACUCAACUUCCCUAUCUGCUGCCAUGAUUGUGUGGUUUGUACAGCUGGGGAGAUUAGCAAUCAGACUGAUGCCAUAGAGUGCGUCCGUUGCCUGCCCGAAUUCUGGUCCAAUGAUGAGAGAACAGACUGCAUUCCUAAACAAGUGGAGUUUCUAUCCUUUAGUGACACCAUGGGCAUCACAUUAACAGCCAUUUCGCUCUUUGGUUCACUGUGCACCUGCAUUGUGGUCUUAAUAUUCUCCUGGAACAGAAACACGCCGAUAGUUAAAGCCAAUAACUCUGAUUUGAGCUUCUUGCUGCUGCUCUCCCUGACCCUGUGCUUCCUGUGCUCUCUCACCUUCAUUGGAAAGCCGACUCAGUGGUCCUGUAUGCUGCGCCACACUGCGUUCGGCAUCACCUUUGUCCUUUGUAUCUCCUGCAUCUUGGGCAAGACCAUAGUAGUGCUGAUGGCAUUCAAGGCCACACUUCCGGGCAGCAACGUGAUCAAAUGGUUUGGUCAGGCAAAACAGAAGGCAAUCAUUGCUUCUUGUACUCUGGCCCAAGUGAUCAUUUGUACUGUGUGGCUGGUGGUGGCUCCCCCAAGCCCCCGCAGACUGAUGCCACGUGAGAGUGCCAUUGUGAUCCUCCUGUGUGAAGAGGGCUCUGCUGUGGGCUUCUCUCUGGUCCUGGGGUACAUCGGCCUAUUAGCCUGCAUCUGCCUGCUCUUAGCUUUUCUGGCACGAAAACUCCCUGGAAACUUCAAUGAGGCCCGUCUCAUCACUUUCAGUAUGCUCAUCUUCUGUGCUGUGUGGGUGGCCUUUGUGCCCGCCUACAUCAGCUCUCCUGGAAAGUAUGCCACAGUCACAGAGGUAUUUGCAAUACUGGCCUCUAGCUAUGGACUGCUGGGGUGUAUCUUUGCCCCCAAAUGUUACAUCAUUUUACUGAGACCAGAGAAGAACACCAAGAAGUAUUUAAUGUCCAAAGCCUCUGACAAAUUUUAA